CAACAGUAAGUCUUCUUAUUUCGAGAGUAGUUGUUACGGUAGACGGACACUGAACCUCUUUCAACAUUUGCAGUGAUCGUUUUAUAUCGCUGUAUUCGAAAAAUACACAACAAUAACAUAAAAUGGAUAAUACAACACUGGUUCGAGAAAAAAAUGAUUCAAAUACCGUUGAAAAUAUACCAAUCAUCGUGUAUAUGGCAAUUGUUUGCUCUGCUGGCAUCAUCGGAAAUUUCGUCGCCUUGCUGUUUUACGUUUUAAGGAAAGAUAAAUCAGCUGCAACUUUAGUGCUCACUGCACUGUCUGGAAACGAUUUGAUUUGCUCCAUACUACUGCUUGCAUCAACAGCUAUGCUCGUUAAUUCGAUGAUGUACACAAAUGUGGCGGCGUGCAAAAUUCAAGGCUUCAUUAACCACGUCUUUAUUAUGAAUUCCAUGCUGUUACUAUUCAUCUUAGCCCUAGAUCGGUACUUCAGUUUCGGCAAUACAUCAAAAUGGAAGUCAUUAUUUGCAAGAAGGAAAACAGUGAUGUGUAACAUCGUUUGCACCACAGGACUUUCAAUCUGUUUUUCAAUACGAGAACUUGUCUUUUUCGAUGUUGUGCCCAUAGACUUUACUGUAGCCGAGAAUGUUACCGUUAAAGGUAACCGUUGUAUGAUAACUAGUGAAAAGCGUCUCGCAAAAAUCGCCAACGCUUUUAAUAUUAUUGACUUUAUGUUGAUCCUCGGUAUUAUGAUCGCCAUGCUGACUCUGUAUUCGUUAAUCAUACGUAAGGUUUCUUCUGUUGGAAAACGUCGUUCAGCGCGAAUUAAUAUUGGAACGGACGAAAGCCAAUCGGCCGAAGUUUCGGAAAUUUCUUUAAAGGCCGUAAAACAAAGUCCAAAUGAAAAUACCGUUGUUGUUCGAAAUAGACCUUCAACAAUUCGACAGAACACUUUUAAUUUCAGAACAACUCUUCACUGGAGCUCGACAAUUGAACGACGGCUGACGCAGAUGGCAUGUAUUCUUACGUUGGCAUCCGUCUUGACUUUUGUCCCUUACUUCGUUGUGUCAAUAGUAGCUGAAUUUCAUAAAGAGCUGCCUAUUUGGGCUAGGAUUGUAUACAGAUCUUAUGCUUUGAAUUCCACCAUGAAUCCUUGUCUGAUAGGAUACUACAACUCGGAAUUUCGGGCGUUCAUUAAAACGAGCAUAACUUGCCGUUUCUUACCAAGUUUAAAAAGAAAAUAAAGGUUUAGCAUACGUAUUUUGAAAUCUAUAUAUGUAAAAUACUAUUAUCCCUACAUGUUUAUCAAUAAUAUUGUAUAUAAACGCUUAAAUACACUUUGUAAUAAAUUAGAAUGUGCAUCGUGAACUUACACGUAAAAUAUCAACACACUUUCUAAACGGUCUAAACGUUACAUCAUGUCUAAAAUUAUUUGAAACCAUACUGUUUACAAGUGUAUCAUAACGCAAACAUAGUGUUUUCCCCAUGUCCUUUUUAAAAUAUCUCAAUGUUCUUAGCGCUACGAAGUUUUAUACAAAAAAAUAUACACAAACGCUUUCCAUGCAAACGACGUGACGUAGUAAAUGGAUGGCAUAGUGUGCGCGUACUCAUCGGAACAAAUGAUCAACGCACAAUACAUUAGCACUUUUCAAAUGAAGCUACUGCUUUUUACCGUUGCGUUAACAUCAAAGUGUGUAUAUAAUUACUUAGUUCGUUUGCUCAUUUGCGAAAUCUUAGAAAAAAAUCCUUUGUAAUGAAUUAAAGUACCAUUUCUUAAAACGCUUUUGAAAUACAUAUUUUGACGAUAUUAAUAUGUAUCAGUAUAGUAUUUCAACCGGAUAUCAUUAUCAGUCUAGUAAUGAGGUAACUGGCCACCAUUUUAUCGUGUAGGAAUACACCACAGUAACCAAUUAGCGUGGUAGUUAUAACAUAGUCAACAAACGUGGAUUUUUCGAAGUUUAUCUACAGGUCCAUCAGCCUCUUCGUAGAGUGCUGGGUUGUACCUUUCCCUUUGACCUUUCAGGGAAGAAACAUUGAUUUUAUUUUUGAGCA